AGGUUUUGUCGAGAAUCCCUUUCUCUACGAAACCAUGUUUUGGUCGAUCUAUACAUGUUUAGAAACGAAAUUUUCAUGCCAUUUUGUAGCGCAUGUUCUCCUCUACCUAGCCAAAUGAAAAAUACAAAAUCUAUUUUUGUCACUAGACGUGUAACAUGAAAAUGCUAUCUCAAGAUCCGCCGAACGAAUGUUGAUAAAUCUCAGUACUUAAGGGUUUUGAAAUGCUCUUUCCGACAGCUACCGCGAAAUAAUUUCUCUUCUUCUUCUAAAAUCUCGGUCGAAUUAGUAGUUUCAAUAAUUGCAAUAAAUAUAAGUAUAAAACAGUAAGAUGUGUGUGUAUGGAUGAGAUAGAUAUGAGGAGAGGGUUACAAGAAGUUCGGGUGGGAUUCCAGCCGUUCUGCGCGGUCUUCAGCGAUUUCAGUUGGCCAAUCACGUUCUAAAAGUACCUGAAUUACUUUUUCAAUUCAGUUCAGUUUUGUAUGUAAGAUCAGAAAAAAAUAGUGCCAAAAUUUUAAAAAGACAAUAAAUCCUGAAAUUUUGAAAUUUUGCUUCUUUUUCAAAAUUUUGCUGAAUAUCACCCAUUCUUAAAAAAUCAAUAUUUUAAAACUUUUUAAAUGAAAAAAGACUUUCAAAACUCCACAUUUCAGUUUUUUCUAGGUAACUCGAUGAGCUAGAUCUAAUGAUUAAAAAAAUAUCAAACACAAUUUUUGCUUAUCUUUAGAAUUGCCGGCACCUUAUCAAACUCACAGUCCGUUUAUUAUGCGUGAGAGUAUCAGACUCUUGAUUGGCGAUUCAAGCGAAAUUAACCGUUUACAAGAUGAAUUUGAAUCAAACGGUUGGUGUUUUAUUCUGUUACCCGAUCAAAAGGAUCAGCUAGCCGAUAAACUCAAUGAAGUUCAGACAACUCUCUCAGCCUUCUUUGCUCAACAUCAGAUGGAAAAAUCGCAGUAUGAAUCAUCGAAUGCCUUUGGUUAUUCACGAGUCGGUCAUAAAGAAGGUAUUAAAGUGUUAAUUGAUCAACAAGGCCUUGGAAACUACCAUCGUCCUUUGACAAAUGAUGUAGAACACACGUUACAAUAUCUUGCAAUACUACUUAAUAACUUUACAAAUAUUAUAAAAUCUGUCAUCUUCAAAAUGCCCAUAUUUGUACAAAGUUCAGCUAAAGAAAUGGUGCAAUUGUCUCCGUUGGGCAUGCUCGAUAUAGUGCAUUAUUUCAAUGAAAGAACAGGCCCUGUAAAUCAGCCUAAAAUCGGUUUAAAUACAGAAGAAGUCAAUUGUGUUCCACAUUUUGAUCCAGGUCUUUUUUCAUUGAGUAUUCUAUCAACAUGUAAUGGUCUUCAGUUGAACGAUCAAUUAGAAGACAAAUGGGUGGAUGGUCCGAAUAAUUCUGAAAACGGCCAACGUUAUAUUGGCGUCGUAUGGUUAGGUGAAGCAGCAAGUAUUCUUACUCAAAAUCGUUUCAAAUCUGGCAUUCAUCGUGUUGUCUAUCCUUGUAUAUCACAUAAGUCACGUCUCACUAUCUGGCAAGAAGUUUGUACUAUGGCUCAAAUUAAAACAUUGCUUCAACAGGAUGACAAUCCCAUUCUUAUGCCCGAUAGUACUGAGAUUCGAAUGAGUAAUCAACCAAAUCCUGUACCACUUCAUAUUGGACCUGGUGGUGAAACUUUAAAUGAUUUUCUGACACCAGUCGAAGACGAAGAUGAUCUGUCUAUGAGUAAAUUUGGUCAUCAUCAUGUCAAAAUGCUUGAUUCUAAUGAUGAUCAUCAGUUUACUCAACAACAAAGUAAUUACAACUUUCUGCCUGCUGGUGCCUCUGUUACAAUGACAAAUCAACCAAAUUCUGUACCGAUCCCAGUACAACCGGGUGGUGAAACUCUGAAUAAUUUCAUGAAACGGGUGGAAGAUGAACGCGGUCUAUCGGUUAGCAAAUCUGGUGCUCAUCAUGUUCAAAUCAGAUUUCCCAGUAGUGUGAACAAAAUAUCUGAUCAUCAUAAGAAAAAAAAAGGUUUAAUGCGAGGAGAAAAUCAUUGGUACAAUUAUUUUAUUGAAAAACGAGUAAUACCUAGUGAUCCAUUUAAGAUUGUCUAUCGUGAAAUUAUGAAUCAUGGUUGUUAUCCAUUUGCUAUAAACCAAUUGUUUAAUCAAGAAGCUAAUCAACAAUUGGAUAAUAGAAAUUUAAAAACAUUAAAAUUAAAUUUAAUACGAUCAUCACUUAAUGAUGGUGGUUCAAAAUCAACUUUCAAUAUAUCAGCAUUUAUUUAUUCACGAAAUGAAAUGCAUCAUGAUCCUGACUAUAUUUAUUUAAAUAGAUUUUUAGUUGAUUUUAUUCGUUUUGUAACAUUACCGAUUCAUUUAAUAGAAAAUGAACGAUUUUUAUGUUACAAAUCUUCACGAUCAACUGAAUAUAUUAAAGGACAUUCAACAUUUUUUAUUGAUGUAACUACAUUCUUUGGUUUAUGUCGUGUGCAAGUUGGUGUUUUAUCAAGAAAUACGACAAACAAUAUUUCAAUAAACGUCGCUGAUCUUGAUCCUAUAUCAAUAGUAUUAAGAUGUUAUCAUGAAUUAGUUUUAGGCACAAACUCCGGUGAACAAUAUAAUGAUUCUCCAUUAUCGCAAUGUUUUUCAAUGUUUUUUGCUGCUUUUAAACUUGUGAAACAAGAUGAUUAUGAUAGAAUUUUGGCAAGAUAUUUUGCUGAAAUAUAUGGUCGUAAUUAUUUUUCAGAUGUAAAAAAAUAUUUUGCAAAUCUUCACUUAGCAAAAUCAGAAUCUGAAGCAUAUGAAUAUUUUAAAAAGGAAUUAAAUACAUUAAAAAACGUCUUUCAAGAUAGAGAACAUGGUUCUCAUGAAACACGUGAAACAGCUGAAUAUCUAUAUAAGGCAUUAUAUAAUGCAACAUCAAUAUAUCGUAUAUUGUAUUUUUCAUUUGGCUAG